AUGGUUGUCCGCACCAACAUCUCCACACCCUCGCUGCCCGAUCUGGAGGAGGAGGAUUUCACGGAAGUGGAGAUUUCCGGGCCUUCGACAGGAUUUCGGAUUUCUCGGCCCGUGUCGUUUGAAACACCGACCGGCCUCGGAAUUAGCGUACCCCAGAGGCGCCCUAGUGACUCCAUCAUCGGCAACAAGGGUCUUCAGCCUUUGACAGCUUUGACAACAGACAGAUCUGCCGAAAGACCUACAUCGGGCUCUUCCCAGGAUUCGGAUUGCUCCGAAGACAACCCGACCUCAAGACUGAGCUCCAUGACCUCGGUAUCUACCUCGAUUUUCGCGUCACCUGAUUUGGCGUCGCCCAAACAGAUCACGAGUUCAGCUUCGAACUCCACCAUCACGUCUGCAACUACUGUUGCGUCAGCCAUAAGCCCUCAGCAUCCACAGCCACGGCCUAGAAUGCUGCAUUCCAUGGCCUCUUCUCCGAACAUCGGACUUAAUCGCUAUGACUCGGCUGUUUCGCUUGCCAACUCGGCAACAUCGUUGGCCAAUUCGUCUUCCACAACGCUACACAUGGGCCACCGCAGUUUCCACUCCAGUGAGACUACUUUGGCAGCUACAAGGAGGCCACGUUUUCACAAAAGCGCAUUCAAAAGCUCGGUUCGCUCGGCCAAUCGUGCUAAGCAGUAUGAGGAGCUGGAGUCAGAUGACGAGAUCCCGGAGAACUCACAAAUCUGGAAUAUCCCGCUUGCAGCUUCGUCAACUUCCUCGCUUUUUGUCAGUGGAGCUCCCGAGUCCGUUAAGAAGGCGUUUGAUGACUCAAAUGCGCCAUUACCACCCAGCCCAUUGCCUUCAGGGCUCGGAUUUCCGGUCCUUUCCUCCAAGAAUGACAGGAAAUACAAAGUUGCGAGCCAGGACUCUUUUCUCAGUCUUUCCCCCAUUGCCAAGGAGAUAUCCACAUUCUACGAGGCGUCGGGUGAGAGCUUCUUCCAAAACGAGCUCAAACAGCGCAAAUCGCUUAGUGUGAAUGUCACUGGACCAGAGCAGAUAGCCCAGGCUGGACUUGAGGAUUUUAAUAUCAUUUCCAAGGAAAAGUGCGAGACUGUUACUCCAACGCGACCAAUGUGGCUUCCUCCAAAGGAGAAGGCUGAGUCGCGGAGGCAUGAGCGCGAAUUCCGAAGGAUGGUUGAGAAGGCUGGACAUUUGGAAAGACAGAAAAAUGAAGCCAGAGAACUCUAUAGACGGACCAAGCUGGUCAAUGACGCGAGACUUGAGUAUCUCGGUUCUAAGGAACGACUCAGCUCGGCGAAUUUGGCUGAAGUCAAGAAAAUGGCGUGGAAAACGGGAAUUCCAGCCUCGUUGCGAUUCCGCAUCUACUCCAAGAUCUAUUCCCACGAGAAGAAGCCUUUUGAUUUGGCCUAUGGCGAUUCCGCGAGACUAAGCACACCAAAACAGCACUCUUUGGACACAGCCACACGCUUUAACGUGGAUCAGAAAUCACUAGCAACUCUCCUGGAGACAGUUUCCGUGUUACCAACACGUUUCGGCUCCAAUGAGCUAUGUGCAUCCUUGAUUGAUCUAGGAUUUACGGUUCCGCAAUCACUGACUGUUCUCAACCUCUUGAAACAGUCUAUGUCAUCUCCGGAUUACAUUGCCAAGUUUAACGGAGCCGUGCAAACAAACGAGAAGUUCCGCAGUCAUUUGACUGCCGACUACCGCGACGAGCUUUCUGUUCUUAAUCUCGAUAUUGCCAGCUCUGUUUUGCAGGCGAGCUUUCCAGUGCGGGUUCUCUCGCGACUGGUGGAGAUUCUUCUGGUUGAUCCAGAGGACUACAGGUUACUUCUAGCUGUGAUGGUUGUUAUCAUCAAACAUCACCAUUUUGGCUGGGGCAAUCUGCAAAAUCUCAUGAUGGACAGAAAGGUAUUUACUAUCGGAGACUCCAAUGCUUUUUUCACGAAAGUUUAUUCGAACUACAAAAAGCUCCGAAGUAUAUGA